AUGGGAAAGCGAUUGCAAGGUAUUGGCGCCGAUAAUAACGAAGAGCUGCGCCGACAGUACAGACAAUUGUUGUUCAGUGUGGACCCGGAGGCCGAUGGAUAUAUCAGUGGUGUUAUCCUAUAUCACGAAACCCUUUACCAAAAGGACGAUUCGGGCACUCCUUUUGUUGAGGUCUUGAAGAAGAGAGGUAUCAUUCCCGGCAUUAAAGUUGAUACAGGAGUUGUGCCCCUUCUGGGCACCAAUGAUGAGUGCACGACACAGGGCUUGGAUGACCUCCAGAAGCGAUGCGAGCAGUACUACAAAGACGGCUGUCGUUUUGCAAAAUGGCGCUGCGUUUUGAAGAUCAAAGAUCACGAGCCCUCACCCCUCGCUAUCCUCGAAAAUGCUAAUGUUUUGGCUCGUUAUGCGUCCACUUGUCAACAGGCAAAAUUGGUGCCAAUUGUUGAGCCAGAAGUGCUUCCCGAUGGAGACCAUGAUCUCGAGAGAUGCCAAAAGGNAUAUAUUACAUACAAAUUUAAUGAGCGUUAA